AUGGAUCGUCUUCAACGACUCCCCACAGAACUGCUAUCGCGCAUUGUAUCUCUGGUCCUCGAGAGCGCCUGGGGCGCGGGAGACGAACCACCCAGUGAUCGCCCGUGGCCAGAGGAACGACGAGCUCUCUACAAUUUAUGCCUGGUUUCCAGACAGUUGCGAGCCGUGGCUCAGCCUUUCAUGUUUCGUUAUCUAGAAGUUUCUGAUCGCGAGGAUGCGUACCCUGAUGGCGGGCUCGUGCAGACCCACAUUCAACUUCUCAUGCGUUUCACCAUCGCCCUGUGCCUAAACCCUGAACUCGGAAAACACGUCAGAUUCGUUGAGCUGGACAGCUUCGCCAAACCAGCUCCAAGAAACACCACAGCCCUCGGUUCCGACUUUCACACGGUCCUUGGGCCCGCCCUCGGUGAGCUCCCUUUGCACGACAGGGAAAGGCAGAGCUGGAGGUACGCGCUCAGGCAAUGUGACCUAUCCAUUCCAAUGGCCCUGAUUGCCAUCAAAGCCCCCAACCUGCGCGUAGUUCGCUUCAACCACGGCCACGGGAUCUUGGAGCGAUUGUCGACCCUGCGAGAGUCUUGUCCGUCACUAUUAUCAAGACUUGAGCAGCUGCACCUCACCCUUUCUGAUCACACAGAGACCGGGUACAACAUUGCACAAUACACCCCUCUGCUAACUCUGCCGUCUCUCAGAGAGUUCAGCUUCGAAGAUGCCGACCUUUAUGGUAAAAACUGUCCGUCCGCCUGGAAGCCGGGAACCUUGGAGACUCAAGAUAUUGAUCUUGCUCACUGCCAUUGCGAUGCUUCUGGUGUUGAGAAACUCCUCAGGGCGUGUAAAAAGGUUACAGGGUUUACCUUCCAGACCCUGGCAUCUCAUGCCGAUUCAUUCAAUCCCCGCGGACGUGGCCCCUACGAGCCGAAUGCCGGUAAUAUACACGCAGCUCUGCUCCCACACAAAGAAACAUUGCAGUUUUUGCAACUCGAUCUGUGGCGUAAAGCCACUCUCCUUGUGUCGAUAGAGGGAUAUCAGACAUUCUGUUCUAGCAGGGUCAAGCUGCCUUCCCUGCGGGACUUUCCUCUCCUUGAAUUCGUCGAGAUACAACAUGCACUGCUUCCAGAAGCUCCGCAGUUUUCCCCGGCGCUAAAACUCCUCCAUAUCACAGACUGCAACUCCUCUAUCCGGAACAUGGUCGCCAACAUCGCCGCCGACUGUAAGAAUGGCCGCUAUCCCAAGUUUGAGCGCUUUCGCGUCUCAGCCCUUGACAUCACCCGGCCCAUUAAACUCCCCGGGCAGCGUAUUCCCCAAGGCCAGACGCCGGAGCAGUGCUUUCGCAGCCUGAGCGCGGUAUUUGAGGGGACGUCGGUGGAUUUCCAAAUCGUUCCCCAUGCUGUCGAGUUGGAUGAUGGCGACACCGUCUUUACCUCGGACUCUGACUCUGACUCUGACUCUGAGUAUGACAACGAUGGCGAUUUCGAGGAAGAAUUCCCAUACCCUUUCAUCAAUGCGGCUGGUCCUGAUAUUCCGGCCAUGACGAUGAUGAUGCAGCAGGCAAUGCAGGACCCGGCGCUUGCUGCGGCGCUUACGGCAUUUGAUGGUGAUAGUGAUCAUUCGUGGGAGACCGCGGAUGAGCUCUAG